AACAUAAUUAAUAAUCUUUUUUUGUUUUUUUUUAAGUGUUAGCUAAAGAAAUAAUCUUUACAACCCACAAUGCAGAAGAAUUUCCAAGAGCUUUUCACAUCAGACAACCCGUGAGAGAGGUGUGGACUAUUUCUGAUAAGAAAUUAAAGAAGAGCUUAUAAAGCUUGGAGCAACAAAGACCUUCUACUGCUUUACAGGAAGUUUGACAAACAACUUUCUCUUUUGAUUAUCAUUGAGAAGGGUUCUCUUGUAUGUUCUCUCCAAUGGAGAUUUCUUCCAUUAGUGGGUUAAGUGAACUGGAAAUGGAGGACCCCAUCUUCAUAGAACAAUGGCCCAUGAACUCCAUUGAUGAUCUGAGCUUACAAUCACUAGUAGCUGCAUUUGGAGAGAACAUGCAGCAUUCUUUAUCUCAUCACCCAAAUUUCAACCUCAAAACCUCCAUGGAAACUUCUGCUACAGCCAUUGUUAGACCUUCAAAGCAACUCAAACCAAAUGGCUUCAAUUCAAUCAAAACUACAGAAUAUAAUCUGCCAAACCCACAAGCUGAUUUCUACCCUAACAUUCUUUCCUUUGCCAAUUCCACCAACCUGAAUCAAAUGGGAAUUGUGAAGCCUAAAGAGGAGGCAGUUUGUUCUACAAGAAUCAAUGCCUUCCCUUCUGAUAUGGUGAUCUCUCCAGGGAACCAGAACCAUGUGUUCAAAGCCUGCGACGGAGCGAAGAGGAUCAGUAACAACAGUAGCAGAUAUUCUCAAACUCAAGAUCACAUCAUAGCAGAAAGGAAGAGAAGAGAGAAGCUGAGCCAGAGAUUCAUUGCUUUGUCUGCUAUAGUUCCUGGCCUCAAGAAGAUGGAUAAGGCUUCUGUUCUUGGGGAUGCUAUCAAGUACUUGAAACAAUUGCAAGAGAGAGUCAAAACACUUGAGGAGCAAACAAAGAAAAAAACCAUGGAAUCCGUAGUCAUUGUGAAGAAAUCUCAGCUGCUCCUUUCUGAGGAUGAAAGUUUUUCCUCAGAUGAAAGUUUCUCCAAAGGCCCCAUAGAUGAGCCUCUGCCAGAAAUUGAAGCAAGAAUCUGUGACAAACAAGUGCUUAUAAGAAUUCACUGUGAGAAAAGGAAAGGAGUUGUGGAGAAAACUGUGGCAGAAAUUGAGAAACUCCACCUUACAGUGGUGAACAGCAGUAUUCUUACAUUUGGGAGUUCUGCUCUUGAUGUUACUAUCAUUGCUCAGAUGGAUAUGGAAUUUGUCAUGUCAGUGAAGGAUCUGGUGAAGAAUCUACACUCAGCUUUCAAGCUGUUCAUCUGAAAAAAAAACCCACAAGUUUUUUCAGUUCAUAUAAUAUGCAAGAAUCUCUUUUUCUAAGUUCAAUGCUUCUGCAAGAAAUAAAUUCUCCUACAUCUAUACAGAGUUUUUAUAGACAAGGCCUGGAAUGUUCCACCAUUUUAGAUCAUUACAUGUAAGCUUGUUUUGCUGUGAGGCUCAUUUUGCAGGAGGGUUUUUGUUUUUUUCCCCUUUUUUUCCAAAAAAAAGGGGUUUUUCUAGUCAUUUUUGCAUGACUGAAGAACACCCACCUGUUACAAAAGAGCAGUCUUACAGCUUGUUUGGGCUUUUUCUUUUUUCUAGUGGGAGGUUGAGAAGUCAACUGAACAUGUUAGGUCCCUUUCCUUCGUUGAAUAGGGAAACUGAUUUUUUUUUGGUGUAUAGACAAACAGGCCUUUGUUAUGGUUAAGUAUUUGUUUGGUCAGUGUUUUAGAGGGAAAUAUAACAUAUUGUUCAGCCUCUUUUCAAUAAUUCCUUUGUAAUGUCUAAUGGUUUGUGACAUUUUGGUUGACAUUAUGGGAAUAAUAUUGACUUUGCUAAA